AUGAGCGAAACUAAUGAACACAGUAGAUUGAUUCUUCCAUCUGAAUUAAGUUCAUCUACUUCAACUACAGAAGUAACACUUUCAUGGUCUAAUUUGUAUGUUGAAACCAGAGACUCUGGCUCUUCCUGUUGGUCAUCGAUUUCAUCAAGCUGUUUUCGGAGACAUAAAAAAAAACAAGAAAAAUCUCGAAUCAUACUCCAAGAUGUAACUGGAAAUGCUCGAACAGGUCAAAUACUAGCGAUCAUGGGAACAUCUGGUGUUGGGAAAACGACGUUGAUGAACGCAUUGAGUGGUCACCUUGGUGAUAAUUUGGUGGUUCCUUCAGGAAAUGUCUAUCUAAAUGGAUUUCCGACAACAGAUACAGAAAGACGAAAAAGUGGUCACAUUGGAUAUGCUGAACAACAAGAAUUUUUCAUCGAUACCAUGUCACUUGAAGAACAUCUCAUUUUUCAAGCUAUGCUGCGGUUGCCUUCUGAAUUGACAGAUGACGAACGUCGUUCGCGUGUAAAAAAUACGAUAGCCCAAUUACAUUUGAAUAAAUGUAUGAAAAAUACUAUCAAUCAGCUUUCUGGCGGUGAGAAAAAAAGACUUGCUCUUGCCAGUGUAUUUUUAACUGAACCAAGUGUUCUCUUGAUUGAUGAACCAACAUCAGGUUUAGACUCGUAUUUAGCUAUGCAUAUUAUGCGUACGAUUCAUUCGAUGGCAUUUGAACAAAGAAAAACGGUUAUUGUCGUCAUUCAUCAACCAACAAGUUCUAUGUUCGAUCUCUGUGAUAUAAUUUUCUUGUUGGUUAAAGGUGGACGCCAAGCUUUCUAUGGUACGAAAGAUGAAGCUUUAGAAUUUUUUAUUAAACAAUGUCAUCUUUCACCCUCGUCGAUAGAUGGUUUUAUUGAACAGUUGGCUGCACCACCGAAUAGAAACGUCGAUGAAGAUACAAACAUACAGACACAAGUGGCUGACCAAUAUGCUAGCUCUGAACAAGCAGUAGCACUGAAAGAAACGAUCGAACAUCAACUUACAUUAGGAAAUAAUACGAUUCUCACAGACAGAAUGAAAUUAUUUAAAAAUCCUACAUUUGGACGUCAAGUGAAAUGGCUUCUCUGGCGUUCAUUCGUGUCCGAUACUCGAAAUUCUGUGCGCACAACUUUUGUUCUCUUUCGCACGGUAGUACUGACAUGCAUCUUUGGUAUUGUAUAUUUUCAACUAUGUCGUUCGGGUCAUUUUAUGCAAAAUGUCAAUGCUGUUAGCUUUACUGUUGUUGCUCUUACCGUUAAUGCAAGUGCCUAUGUCAUUCUUAGUACCAUGCCCAUUAAUAAUAAAAUUGGUAUUAGAGAAAAUCAUCGAGGGAUGUUUAGUAUAUUAGCUUACUAUGUUUCUGUUGUCGUGCACGAUUUUCCAAUGUUAAUUACUUUCCCAUUGUUGGUUAAUACAAUCAUCUACUGGAUGUCUGGUAUGGAUAACACGUGGUCACACUAUUUAUCAUUUAUUGCUGUUGGUAUUCUUGUAAGCAACACAGCAUCGGCAUACGGUCAAUUUUUUGCUUCAUUUUCGAGUACAAUUGAAGGUGCAAUCAGUGCAUCGGUUCCUAUUCUACAGACAUUUACAAUCCUUAGUGGUUUUUUUUUGAGUUUGACACAUAUUCCUACGGCGCUUCGCGUUCUACAAUAUAUUUCUCCUCACUAUUAUGCUUAUACAACAUUUAUGAUACUUGAAUGGAAAACUGGUAGUAUUACUCAUCAACUGAACUGUUCUCGUUCUGAAAAUUAUCUUGAAUCGAUCAAUCAAGUCUCAUCUUAUAAUUAUUCCCGGGGUGAAUUUUGCAGUCGUAUUCUUCGCCAUUCAGGCGACAACAUAGAUGGUCGAUACUUAGCAUUCAAUAUUCUUAUGUUAGCUCUUCUUUUUGUAACUUGUCACAUCUUGGCUUUCUUGGUUAUAUUCUAUCGAGCUAAUCGAAGAUACGUUUUUGAUUUCUUGUUCAAGAGCAAAACCUCUUUGAUGACCGACUAUAAGCCUUUCACAUAG